CUCCUUCUUCCGAUCGCUUUUCUUUUCUCUUCCUCAGCCCCCUUCUCUCUCCGUCUUCCUCGUCUGGAGUAUUCAUGUCUGGUUUUAGGAGGCUUUAAAUGUUGAACUUGAUGGGUGUUUUAAACGCCACCGCCGCCAAUGUCUCCUGUACUUGUAACUGCAAACGCUACACCUCCCUCCAGAGCAUGGAAAUCACCCAGCUGGAGUUCGUCCAGAUCCUGGUGAUCGUGGUGGUGAUGAUGGUGAUGGUGGUGGUCAUCACCUGCCUGCUGAAUCACUACCGCCUAUCAGCACGUUCCCUCCUCUCCAGACAUGCCCCGACACGCAGGAGACACCUGCCGCUGGCCAACGAGGGAGGUCUGUGGUCUUCUGAGAGUACGGGAACAAGCAGUGGUCUGAAUGAGCACCAGGUGUAUAACCCCCGCGCCCCGGACCGAGGGGUCCCCUCAUCCUACCUACAGCGGGAGCCUCAUCACGCCCAGCCGCAACCCCAACCUCCUCUCCAGUCCCAACGCUUCCAGCACACAUACGCCCCGAGUCGCUUCCAGCCGACGUAUCCCUACCUGCCCCAGAGCCUCAUCGAUCUCCCCCCAACCAUCUCCCUCUCAGACGGGGAGGAGCCCCCGCCAUACCAGGGCCCCUGCACCCUGCAGCUCAGAGACCCGGAGCAACAGAUGGAGCUGAACCGCGAGUCGGUCAGAGCCCCGCCCAACCGAACAGUGUUCGACUCCCACCCCCUCGACCCAUCCAACUCCUGUCUGCAAGCCAGUCUGCAGGCCCCUCCUCCCAGCGUCCAUCCAGGCAUCAGCGUGCUAGAAGCCCAGGAGGCCUUGGCCCGGCAGCACAAGCAGGGCUCUCGAGUAGAAGGAGCUCCCCCGGCUUACAGCGAGGUGAUCGGGCACUACUACCACCCGACGUCCCUGACCCCCAGCCACAACCAUCGGACUCUAUCGCCCUCACAAGCACCCCCGUCCUCGCUGAUACACGGUCUGCUCCGGCCUCCACCACAGCAACAAGGAAGCGUGGACAACAGGAACGCAAGAAACACAAAGGAGAAAUCCCAGAAGCCCCAGCAGGUGUGACAGUACUGCUUCCUCUUUCCUAGCUAGCUUGGAAAACCAGGAUUAUGUCUGCUAGCCACUUGGGAAACGGUCAGUAACCACUGAGGAACAAACUAGUCAAUGGUAAAGUCCACUCUGAAUGGUUUUAAGAUAAGGGCUGGUUCACGUUAGUUGUAGUCGUAGCUGACAUGUGGUCAGUUUCACAGUUUCCCCCCACUUCAUGGAUCAGGCUAGGAGUGGGAAGCAGCACACACGGGCUUCUUGUUAGGUAAGAACUCCUGGAAACCACAUCACUCCUACAGAGCACAGUGAACAUCUGAUACUUCCUGUUCCACAGCUUCCUACUACCUGUCUGAGGAGCACUCGAGAUGAACAGAUGAUGAUGUCGAGAGGAAGAGCAGAGGGCGGAAAGGGAAGAGCGGAUACAGAAGCCUCCUCCUUCCCUUUACAACUCCACCUCAUGGCUCCUCUAUCAGACUGAUCUUUACAACUAGUCUUCAUUCAUUAUAAAUAUUUACUUGUUCUGUUUGUUUCUAUAGAACUUUUUCUUUGUUUGUUCGUCUUUUUCACGCUUACAAAAAAAAUUCCUAUCCAGGCAAACGGCGAAAUGUUGCAAUCUUCUUGGUUCUUCCAGGUUUUUUUUUUUUUGAUUUGUUUUGUUUUCUAGUGCUAAUCCCCCCGCCCCCCCUUCGCUGCUUUGACUCCCGUUUAGUUGUGUUUCACUUUUCACGACCGCACAGUCCAACGUCGGCAGCGACUCCUGCGCCAGGCUUUAGCUGUAUCACUGGGACAUGUUAGCGUUUAGAGAGACAGUUUAGAUCGAGUUAGCGUUAUCUUUAACUAGCGUAGCAGCUGUAGCACAGUGCUAAAAAGUCCUCAAGCUAAAAGUUCUGCCUUAUAUCGACCAACCGAUGCAGGAGUUGUCGCUAAAAUCCUUUUUUUGAGUUAUGUUUUUUAUUUUAUGUUUUCUAAAGAAGGUUUGCACAAAGUUCAAGACUGUUCACCACAGAAAAAGAGAAAAAAAAAUCCGCAAUAUGAUUGAUCAGAGAGAAAAUAGAGAAAGUAGGGGUAUUUUUCUAAACUUGAUGGAUUCUAAUGAGUAAAGAUGUGUUUUUUUUUUCCUGUUUGUUUUUAUAUGUUGUCUAGUUUUAGAAAAAGAAACAAACAUCAGUAAUCUGUCGGGGUGCCAACUUUCACGUUGAACAGUUUGCUGCAUACAUGUCGGCGUGUAUAUAUGUUACAUAUCGAGUAUAUACACGCAUGUAUGCGAACCGGGAGUGAACUUAAAAAGCACGAAUUUAGAGUUAUUUAUAUAAUUGCUGAAAAGAAUUGCACUAUUUUUUAGUCUGCGCAGAUGGAACGUGUGAGAGAGACUUAUAUUGAGAAGGAGCUCUGUCUGUCCGGGCUGAAACACAACCAGAGAGACGUGGAACCACGGGGGGACUCACCAGAGGGGGGGGGAGGCCGCACAGUGCACAGCAGCCAGUAUCAUGAGAACAUAUCAUGGGAGGGUUCUGACUUUGGUACAACGGACUCGGAUUAACCAUUACUGUACCAGUGAUUUUUAAGAAAAGAAAAAAAAAAUCCCUGGUUUAUGCAAAUAUCCGAGUCCCGCGAGCCAACCACGAGUCAGCGUCCGACCUGCGGGCCCAAUCAGAAACUCUGCUCGUAGCUUUUUUUCUCUCAUCCUAUCGGCCGAAUUGUUCGCCAAUCCCAAAGCUGGCUGUCACUACCUCGCCAAACACAAGUCAAGCACAUACGAGUUUGCUCACGUUAAUCAGACUUUGUCGACAUCGAAACAAACGUCUGAACUAAUCAAGACGAUGUGUAAUGUAACAAUAGAGUCGGGUAGAGUAGAGUUAGUUUUUUUUUAAUCCUGCUGUGUGUUAUUUAUGUGAAUGUCAGAAUAUUUGUUCAUCGGAUGAAAAGAGAGGAAACGACACAGAACCAGUGAAACCGAACGUCCCCUUUGUAGUGAACUACUCAGGAAGGAAGCCAGGUCGCCUUACAGGCCCUAAAUGUGUGAUACACUGACUGUGCACUGCUGCGGCCAAACACACACACACACACACACACACACACACACAGUCCUCUUUUUAAUCUCUCCUGCCUUCUCAUUACAACAGUAACACACAUUCAAACCAAGCCCCUUCUGGUGAGUUUCUUUCUCUCUCUCGCAGGCAUCUCUGAGCACUUUACUGCACCGGGAAAGAGACAACAAUCUUCUGUCAGCCAGCGUCAGCCAGCCUCGACUCACCACCGCACCAUAAAACUUUAAAACUAGAACCUUUUAAAUCUCUAGAUUAAAAUCUACAACCUUUAGAGACACACUUUUAAAAGAUGCAAAGAGUUGGUGCUCCAAAAUUGUACACAUCCUUUAAAGGAAGAAAAUCAGAACAAACUUUUUUUUUAUUUCACAAAAGAAGCCAAAGUUGUCAAAUGUACAAAAAAAUUUCAAUAAAAUUCAGUGUAAAAUUGGCAAAACUUUGAUUUAUAUCAGGAUAAAAAAAAUAAGUAAACAAGAUAAUUAAUGUCACCAAAUUUUAAUUUUUGAUUCUCAGUUCUGCUGAAACAUUUUGUCAGCUCCAAAUAAUAUUUAGGUUUGAUACCCGGCUUCUUACGGAUAUUUCAGUUUUGGAUCAGAACUCUUUGUGUGUUUUGAACGCAGCACAAGACGGGUUGUCGCAAACUAGACACACUGAAGUGUUGAAAAGUGACACGAGUGUUAAUAGCAACUGGUCUCGUGUCAUCUGUUUAAGAGUGUGGAAAUAAAGGUGGAAGGAUGUUUUAGGCUCCUAAAGUAGAAGAUUAGAAUAUCUAAUCUCUCUGCUGCUUGUAUAAAAAAGGGUCUAGUGUGUUAAGGUACCACAGAUAGACCAGCGCCCUCUAGUGUCCAGUCUUUAUGCAACAGCGCCCUCCGCAGGGAGCGAACCAAACCGCAGCCAAAACUCCCGAAGCUGAAUUAGCUUAGCCUGAGGAGAAGAGAGAAUUAAAGACCAAAAAAAAAAAAAGAAGACAUUUUAUAAUAUGAUACGGUGAAUCUUUCAUUCCUUUGUCUUUUCUUUCCUUCUCAAAUGAAUCACAGGUGUCUAAAGCUGGAUGGAUGUAGAUACGCCUCAUGUAUCAUCAUUACAUUUGAGUCACAAUAUGUGAAAGAUAAAUCCCUGGUGAUCUUUGAAAAGACCAGAACAUCUUUUAACAAUAUUUUUCUACUGUUUUGAAGGUAUUUUUAGGAACCUUAAAGACUUUUCUAACAAUCCAGAUAAAGAAAUAUUAAAUCUGCUGCACAAUAGACAAGAUUUUAAACCUGUUUUCCAAGUUGCAACUGUUUCCUGAUUCAAACAAAGACGGUAACUGUCUUUGUUUGAUUACUACAACACAAACCAAAAUUGUAACGUUUUUAUCGUCAGUUAUAUUUGUCUAUGAAUGUUACUGUUCAUGCACAUUAACACAUUUUUAUUUUCCUUGUGCUGUUCAAACUGCAGCUUCCUCUUUCCUGUCACACAUUAGAUGGAUUUUUUAAAAUCUAGAUUGUUGGAAGAGUCUUUGACAAGAGUCUUUAAAUACCUUUAAAACAGCAGUAAGUGUUAUUUAAAGAUUGUCAGGGAUUUAUCUUUUAGAAAAAUGUAAAGAUAAUACAUGAGAAGCACAAACUGGGGGAUAAGAGGCACACAGGCACUAAAAUAUGGCAUUUGAAACCCAGUGGUGCAGAUCUGAUGUCAUUAUGUCUGUUUAAACAGGAAUGAAAGUGGAUUUUUGCUCCUGUUUAAAGAGACAUGGGAAUAUUGUCAUAAUUCAGUUUUCUACAACAACAGUUGUUGAGUCCUUCCUUUAACUUCUGUGAUUCAAAAAAAAAAACAAAAGACAAAGGUGAAAAAACUGGCAAAUAAUCAAAAGUCAGGUCUUUGUGGUCUCGUUUACUGUCUCUCUGUCUCCUUUAUUCCUGUGCUGCACAGCCAUGUUGGCGUUUUUUAUUUUCAUGACAAGUACUUGAAGAAAAGAAAAAAAAAAAUCACAAUAUAAUGAAAUGAACCUUUUGACCCAAAGCAGCUAAAGGAGUGAUGAUCGGAUCAAAGUAUGAAUCACCUUUGACCUCUUAAUAAGAUUGUGAAGCCUGGUCCCGAUUCAAGUUUCGCUAAAUUAUUGACCUUUUCCUUUCCUUUCCUGUCCUCUUUCCCUUCACCGUUAUGAUACUUGUGUUGGGACCGGGCUGUUUCCUCUUUAGUACGGUUCGCUUCCCUGCAUCGGAGGGUUCGCAGCGGGUAUGAGAAGGCUGGACGGGCUCUGAUCAGGGCUUCACAGUAAAAAAAAAAACAACAAUGGUAAUAAUAAUAAUUUAAAUAUGAGACAUAAAAACAGUUUAGGAUCAAUCUCUCGCUUCAGGGAAACCUGCGCUGGCUGACGAUACAAAGGAAAGACAUGAGGAGAGGAAGGGAAACACACACACACUCCAUCACACACACACACACACACACACACACACACAGAGAGAGGUCAUAAUAGUUCUUUAGCGUUAAUGUUUUUUACAGCCACUGCUAAACGAUGUCCUUGUGUAAAAAUGCAUCUUAACGUUCAGCUGAAGCUAAUAUGAGUCAGACAAAUCUAAUAUUUUUUACAUUUUUAGUCCUUCUUCACUGGCAUUGUUCCUUUCCUCAGUGGAGGAAUAGCUGCAUGUAGGCUUGUUGCUGAGAAGAAACACCAGUAUUGAACCUACAUAUGACUUCCAGGAUGAAAAUUCGCACAUGAUUUGUCUAACUGAGAGUGCUGAAGUCAGAACAGAGAGGAGGAAUGGUUACAAUUACCAAAUACCUCUUUCAACAUACAUAUGGUAUGUGAGUAUUCAGACAGACUCGGAAAAAAAAUCUGAACCUUUAAGGAAGAAGUGUGAGUUACUGAGAAGUGAAUGUUGUUGUUAUGGAAGUUUUAGCGCAGACAGUUUAAUCAAAUCCAGAUUAAUGUUAUCGCUUCCAUGUGAGACCAGUUUGGACAGCAGUAAGCUUUAUCUGUUUGAACUGGUCACACCUUUCUCCUCGCUGCAAGCCAGUAUAAAUAUUAGUUAGCUAGCAUAUUAGCUAAUACAGCAGAGUUUUUUUGUAAAGUCAGCUCACACACACACACAAAGAAUUCUGUCUUUUCCCAGAGGUGUGUGUGCAGUUAAUGUACACCGACUUGCCCUUGGAAGGACCUCCAGCUGUCUAGACACAAACUAAACACACACACACACACACACACACACACACAAAGCAGACUAAACAAUCUAACCUAAGAACCAGACCUUACACACACACACACACACACACAGGUGCACUUUCACUCAUCCACAUACUUUUCUUUUUGUUAUUUUGGACCACACAAGAUAGCAAAAACAUUUAUCUCACACACACACACACACCUGGUUCACCCCUCCUUCCUCUUCCUGUCUGAAAACGCUCUUCCUGUUCCCUAGAGAUGCCUGCCGUCCAAUGACAGAGCUCCUUUCAGGCCGGCCCCCCCCCACCCCCCCUUCGCUGCCAUUGGCCGGUUGUCUUUCGGUCUCCUCGGAAACGUUCGUCGUUUAUUAUUGUAUGUUGUACAAGUGUGCCUGCCUGCGCUGAGACGGGCAAAAUGUGAGUGGCUGUAGUUUGGGCUGUCAAUCAUCCCGAGCCACGCCUCCUUACUGUCUCAGAUGAUGAUGAUGAUGAUGAUUGGAUGACGAUGAUGAGAUUGACGGUCAUGAUGAUGAUGAUGAUGAUGAUGAAGAUGUUUUUGAUAGUGAUGCCGCAGAGAGCGUUGCAAUACACCUACUAUUUGCCUUUUUGAUAAUAUUAGUUCUAUUUUAACGUAGUUUGCUAAAUGUAAGUUUUUUUUUUUUAUUGUUGUUGAUGUUAUUAUUGUUUAUUCACUUGAGAACACAAAAAGGUCAUUUUACUUCAGUCCAUCGGUCACACAAAAACUUUUUUUUUUUUUUUUUUUUUUCUUUUGUGAAACCAACCUUGAGAGUGUAAAAACUACCUAACACACAUAAGCUGCAGAUCACUGGGGGAGGGACGUGUAAAUACGAGAAAAUCUACUUCUGCUUUUAAGUGCCCUUUCCACUUUUAAAGUUCGCUCGCAGCUGUUCGAAGAGCAAACGGUGUGAUUUGUCAGGGGACGACAUCGAGGAACCUGCGUUUUUACAUACAUCAAUCACCCGAGAACAGCUUACUUACUUUGUUUUUUGUUUUUUUUGCAUUUUGCUCACGCACUUACAAGUUCAAGUAUAUUUCUUUGUGCAUGUAAACAUCAAGUCCUAGUGAUCCAGUUUGUCCGCCACCAUCCCUAAUCAUCACGUCUCCCACGUCGCCCGACCCAGCGUCUACAUGUGUGCCUUCUGGUGUCCGGCUCAACGGAGACUUCGUCUGUCUGUAAAACACGCUAUGGUGCAAUGAACUCCUGCCUUUUUUUUAAACACGUAGACAUUGGAAAGCAUGAAAAUAUUAACAUGACAUUACAUGGCUGUGAUGUACGGAAGCUCGUUUAUGCCAGGAAAAAGAAAAAAAAUGUAUAUAAUGUUGGAAAUUACAAAACAAACAAAAACAAACACUGAGGUUAAAAAUGUUUCAUCUUGAAAACAGCAGUUGACAAAAAAGAUGAUUUCGUCAACUGCUGUUUCCUUGCGCGAUACGAUCGAAAGCUGGUUGUUUUUGUCAAAAAUACACAAAAGUAUGACUUUAUUUAUUUAUUUUCCAAGUGUUGUCUUUGUAAAAUCAAAAUUAUAAGACUUACAACAUCAAGUUUUUGACUAUGUAUCUCAUUGUUUUAACUUUUCAGUUUCUCAUUCUAACUUUUAAUUUUUUUUUUCUUUUCUUUUCCUGGCUAUAAAGGCUUCCGUACCGAUGAAAUAAGAUGCUGAAUAUUUAAAAAUUUAGCUCAGUGGUUACUCAUGCUGCGUUCCAGAGAUGUCGGAAAGAAAUUUGGCUAAAAUCCAGAAUUUGCUCCGUUUAAGUUGUAUUUUUAGCGAAGCACAACCUUCAAAUGCAUCAUAUUAUCAGAAAGAAAACAUGAAACAAGCAUUUGAAACGUUGCAUAUACAGUUAAUACAGCUAAUUUCCUUUUAAAAUGGAAAAAAAUAAAUGCAGGAACCUACCAGCUAGGAAUUCUUUACUUCCGACAUUUAAUGAAACCCAACAUGAGCGACGGCACAACCAGAACCAUCAUGACUGCCAUGAAUAAAAAAAUAAAGUGUCUGGCUCCUUGUACAGAAUCUGCUCCUCCAACAGUCUACAGUUUGUCCAACACACAGCACAGCCCACGUUUCUGUCCACAGCAUCGUUAAAGACAUUUCCAAAGAAGGAAUCAUCCUAAACGAGACUCUUGUCGCAGAAAAGAAAAGAAAAGAGUCACACCUGACUUGAACUUUUGGGAAACAGCUUUCUUUACAGUUAACUUUUUUUUCCAGUUUCUAUGUAACUCUGUAGUUCACCUGUAGACAAGUAUGUUAAGUACACGAUAAUACGUCCCAGGACUAGUCUUAAAGAAGGAAAAACUUUGCAUUAAGAGCUUGUAUUAUUAGCACUUGUCGGUAGCUGACUGGAGAAAAGUUAAACGUAGAGAAAACUGUUUUCUCCUUUUGUGUUUUUGCUCAUUCUGCAUCGUUGUGUUCUUCUCUGCUCGCUCUGCUCUUUGAAUCAGCGCCGCGUGGCGCCUUUCCUCUGACAAUGUUGAAGAAAAAUAUACAGAAACACUCUCUUUUGGUUUGCAGUAUGUAUGUGUGUGUAUUUAAACAAGGCAGCACUCCGGUGCUCGUCCAGCCGCAGUGACUAUUGUAGAAGUCUUCCACCUCGUCGUUGAGUUUUAUCCUGCAAGCAUGUAAAAUGUGAGACUUGUACAAUAGAUCAGCUCGUGCGGUCGGGACUCCUACACGCACCUGGUCAAAGCUGUGAUAGAAAAAUACGACUACUCGUGGAUCAUCGUCAGCUUUUCCACUUAUCUGUAAAAUCUUUGUCAAGACCAGAUGUCAGAUAAAAACGUGUAGGAGCCCUGAUCUGUUCUCGUAGAAAAACCGUUUCCCUGAACUCACGUUUUAGCACCAGGCUCAUGAUUCUUCCAUCGACGUUCAGGAAGGAAGAUGAACACGGCGCUAAAAAAAGAGUCCAGGGUUCAAAUCCGGUCUGUUAUCUGUCACAGCAUGGCUCACAUACUUAUAUAGAGGCCUACUUAUUCUCAAUGAUAACGGUUGCUUAUUUGUGUAUUAAAACAGUUUAUUUUAAUUUAUAUUGGAUGGUCUACGUGUUGCUGGGUUUGUUACGUUGUUAUUUUUCUUCUCUGUUUGUUACAAACAGAAGACAAUGGUUUAUCGUUGUUGUCACAGAACAUGGUAUGAAUCAGACACAUUUCAGUUAGCCUUCGAUUUAAAAAAUGAAUAAAAUCUUUUAUAAAUA